GGGCGCCGCUCAGGCCUCACGUUGACAUGGAUGAUGAAGACGGCCGGUGCCUGUUAGAUGUCAUCUGCGAUCCGCAGGCCCUGAACGAUUUCUUGCAUGGAUCCGAGAAGAUUGACAGCGAUGAUCUCCUGGACAACUCCGGAGACGCCGCCAGUGCCUUCUUCGAAGGUGCCGGGCUCCACGGCCAGGAGACCGCGGGGAACCCCCUGAGCUCGGAGCCCAGCCAGCCGCCGGCCAGCGUGGACCUGGAUUUCCUGGAGGAUGACAUCCUGGGCUCCCCCGGCGGCGCCGGCGCGGGCGCCGAGCAGCCGUGCGACAUCCUCCAGCAGAGCCUGCAGGAGGCCAACAUCACCGAGCAGACCCUGGAGGCCGAGGCCGAGCUGGACCUGGGCUCCUUCCAGCUCCCGGCGCUGCAGCCGGUGGUCCAGGCGGCCGAGGGCGCGCCGCAAAUCUUCUCCGGCGGCGCCGCCGACCUGCUGGGGCUGCAACCCCCGGCCGUGCUGGCGCCGCAGGCGUUGGUGCAACCGCCGGACGUGGUCAACAAAGCCAUCAGCGUCCAACCCUUCCUCCAGCAGGUUGGGUUGGGAAACGUCACCAUCCAACCUCUGCCCAACCUUCCCGGGCUGCCCAACGGGAGCCCCGGCGGAGCUUUGGGCUUGGGACCCAUCCAGGUGGUGGGGCAGCAGGUGAUGGCCAUCAACCAACCGGCGGCGCCGCAGCUGCUGGCCAAACCGGCGCCGGUGGCGGCCGUGGGCGGUUACAUCGCCCAGCCCGAGGCGGGCGCGGCGCCGGGAGCGGGGUUGGUGAUCCAGAAGAGCCUCCCGGCGGCGGCGGCGGCGGGCGCGGCGCUCAACGGCGGCUCGGUGUUCGGCGGAGUUUCGGCGGCGUCGGCGCAGCCGCUGGCGGUGGCGUCGGGGUUGGGCGGUUCGUUGGUGCCGGCGCCCAACGUGAUCAUUCACCGCACGCCGACGCCGAUCCAACCCAAACCGGCCGGCGUGCUGCAGCAGAAGCUCUACCAGAUCACGCCCAAACCUUUCGGCGCUCUGCCCGGCGAAACGCCGGCCAAACCGCAGCAGAACCUCACCUUCAUGGCCGGCAAAGCCGCGCCCAACGUGGUUCUCCAAGGGUUCCCCCAAAACGUCUUCAAGCCGCCGCCGCCGCAGCCGCCGGCGCUCGGCAAAUCCAUGAGCGUGCACGUGCUGAACCAGGGCGGUUCCAUCGUCAUCCCGGCGCAGCCGUUCCAGGGCCAGAACCAAUUCCUGCUGCCGGGCCAGCUGGCCGGAGCCUCGGCCGUGCCGCUGCCGCAGCCGCUGUCGGCGCUGCCGGCGGGCGUCGGCGGCCAGCUGCUGCCGGGAGCGGGUCAGGCUCACAUCAUCGCCGGUCAAAGCGCCGGCGCGCAGCUUUUGGCCAACCCGGCGUUACCGGCGCAGCUCCUCAACCAAAACCUGGCGGGUCAGCUCAACCUGGGCCCGGUGCUGGCGUCGCCGGGAGCGCCCGGCACCGCUCACAUCCUGUCGGCGGCGCCCAUCCAGCUGCAGCCGGGGCAGGUGGCGCCGGGCCCGGCGUUGUUCCAGAUGCCGGUGUCGCUGGCCGGGACGUUGCCCAGCCCCGGUUCGGCGGCGCCGGCGCCCACGGUGAUCCAGGGGGUGACGCUGGCCAGUCCCGUGGCGGUGCUGAACGCCGCCGAGGCCGCGCCGGGAGGCGCCGGCAGCCCCGAGCCCGGCGCGGCGCAGGCGCCGGGGACGCCGCAGGUGCCGGGCGGGAGCAGCCCCGGGAGCGGAAGCCCGGAGAAAAUCCUGCUGGGAACGGCGGCGGCGGCGCUGGGGCAGGAGGCGGUGCCGAUGUUCCUGCAGCAGAAAAGCAGGAUCCAGCGAGGGAAAUCCGGGAUCUGGGCAUGGAAAUCCGGGAUCCGGGGGCAGAAAACCGGGAUCCAGGGGCAGGAAAUAGGGAUCCGGGAAGGGAAAUCCAGGAUCCAGGAGUGGAAAUCCGGGAUCUGGGCAGGGAAAACCGGGAUCCAGCGGCAGAAAAACGGGAUCCAGGAGUGGAAAUCCGGGAUCCGGGGGCAGAAAACUGGGAUCCAGCAAGGGAAAUGCAGGAUCCAGCAAGGGAAAUCCGGGAUCCAGGAGUGGAAAUCCGGGAUCCGGGAGCAGAAAUCCGGGAUCCAGCAAGGGAAAUCUGGGAUCCAGCGAGGGAAAUCAGGGAUCUGGGAGCAGAAAUCCGGGAUCCAGCAAGGGAAAUCCGGGAUCUGGGAGUGGAAAUCCGGGAUCCAGCAAGGGAAAUCCGGGAUCCGGGAGUGGAAAUCCGGGAUCCAGGAGUGGAAAUCCGGGAUCUGGGAGCAGAAAUCCGGGAUCCAGCAAGGGAAAUCCGGGAUCCGGGAGCAGAAAUCUGGGAUCCAGGAGCGGAAAUCCGGGAUCCAGCAAGGGAAAUCCGGGAUCCGGGAGCAGAAAUCCGGGAUCCAGGAGCGGAAAUCCGGGAGCGGAUCCCCUCCGGAUCCGCUUUUCCCGCUGGAUCCACAAUUCCAGCCAGAAUUCCAGACAGUUCCAGCCAGAAUUCCGGACAAUUCCAGCCAGAAUUCCGGAUACUUCCAGACAAUUCCAGCCGGAAUUCCGGAUAGUUCCAGACAAUUCCAGCCGGAAUUCCAGACAGUUCCACCGAAACUCCCGGGAACGUCCCCGGGGGACCCCCCGGCCCCUCUCCCCCCAUCCCAAAUUCCCCAGAUGCCGUCCCAGCUUUCCCAGAUGCCGUCCCAGCUUUCCCAGAUCCCGUCCCAGCUCCCGGCUCGUCCUCCCUCGCAGCCUCAGCCGCUCUCCCGGCCUCCGUCCCGGCCGCAUUCCCGGCCCCCAUCCCAACCCCGGCCGCCCUCGGAGCCGCCGCGCCCGGAGCCGCCCCCGGGGCUCUUCGGGGUCCCCCCGGCUCCGUUCCCGGAGCCCCCCGAGCAUUCCCAGUCCCCUCAUUCCCAAUCCCAGCAUUCCCAAUCCCAAUCCCAGCAUUUCCCGCUGCCGGGGAUGAAGGCGGCGGCGGCUCCGGCGCUGCUGCCCCCGGAACAUUCCCGGAGUUUCCCGCUGAUCCCGGCGCCUUUCCAGCCCCUGGCCGGCCCCGCGGCCACGCAGAAGGCUGGUCCGGAGAGAUUCCAGCAGGUAAAUGCCGAUGGAAUUCCGGGAAUUCCCAAACAUCCGGGGCUGGGCAGGAUCCAGCGGGUGAAUCCCGCCCGCUCCCGGGAAUUCCGGGCUUUCAGCCGGAAUUCCGCCGCUCCUGAAUCCCGAGGAAACCCCUGGAAAAUCGGGAAAAUUCCCGUCCCGAAUCCCGGCCUGAGCUCAGAUCCCGAGGGAGCGAGGAGCCGGAUCCCGCUGGAUUUGGGAUCUCGGGAAUUCCGGAUCCCGCUGGAUUUGGGAUCUCGGGAAUUCCGGAUCCCGCUGGAUUUGGGAUCUCGGGAAUUCCGGAUCCCGCUGGAUUUGGGAUCUCGGGAAUUCCGGAUCCCGCUGGAUUUGGGAUCUCGGGAAUUCCGGAUCCCGCUGGAUUUGGGAUCUCGGGAAUUCCGGAUCCCGCUGGAUUUGGGAUCUCGGGGGAAAUCAGUGCCCCAGGGGCUGCUCCUGCAGCCGAAGCCGCCCUCGUCCAGCCCAGCCCCGUUCCCGGCUCCGGCCGCUCCCGUCCUGGUUCCGGCGGCUCCGGGAACGCCCGGCCCCGCCCUCGGAGCCGGCGGCAGCACGGCCUCAGGUGCCGCCGCCCCGGCUGACUCCAAGCCCUUCCCGGCCGUUCCCGGAGCCGUUCCCGGAGCCGUUCCCGGAUCCGUUCCGGCCGGGAAAGCGGCUCCGGCUCCCGGGAAACCGGGGGCUCCCCUCCCCCCCCCGCAGCCCGGCCAGGCGAAGCCGGGCGGGAUCAAAGGCCCCCCCCAACCCUCGGGGGGCGGGAAGGGCCCCCAGGCCCCGCCCCUGCUGAAGAAGCCGCCGGCGCUGCAGCCCAGUAAAGAGGCCUGCCUCCUGGAGCAGCUGCACAAGCACCAGGGCGCGGUGCUGCACCCGGAAUUCCGAACCCCGUUCCGCUCCGUGGGCGACGCCCUGCGCCGGCUGCUGCCGUACCACGUGUACCAGGGGGUGCUGCCCGGGGAGCCCGAGUGCCGCCGCGUGGACGAGGAGUUCGAGGCGGUGUCGGAGCAGCUCCUGCGCCGCACGCGGGCGAUGCUCAACAAGUACCGGCUGCUGCUCCUCGAGGAAUCGCGGCGCUCCAGCCCCUCGGCGGAGAUGGUGAUGAUCGACCGGAUCUUCAUCCAGGAGGAGAAAACGGCGCUGGCGCUCGACCGGCAGCUGGCGCGGGAACGGCCCGACGAAUACGUCUCCUCUUCCUCCUCCUCCUCCCCCCUCCCCCGCGAUUCCCGGGGUGUUUCCCGGGGUGGGGAUCCCCGGGGUGGGGAUCCCCGGGGUGGGGAUCCCCGGGUGGAUCCCCGGGUGGAUCCCGAGGACGCGCUGCCGUCGCGGAGCCGCCCCCCGAUGAAGACGUACGAGGCUCGGAGCCGCAUCGGCCUCAAGCUGAAGAUCAAGCAGGAAGCCGGGCUGAGCAAAGUGAUCCACAACACGGCGCUGGAUCCACCCGGGAUCCCGCCGGGGAUCAUCUCGCAGCUCAACGGAUCCCUGGAGAAGAAAACCCGGGUGGUGAUCGCAGCGCUGCGCCGGGAUCCGGGAUCCGCCGGCGGGAUCCGCCCCGGGAAGGGACCCCCGGAGGAGGCGUCGGACGGCGAGGAGGAGGAGGAGGAGGAAGGAGCGGGGCUGGAGCCGCCGUGGGCCGGGAAGCGGCGGCGAGCGGAGCCGCUGGAAGUGGACAACGCUUCCUUCUCCAGCGACAGCCCCCAGGACGAUUCCCUGAGCGAGCACCUGCAGAGCGCCAUCGACAGCAUCCUCAACCUGCAGCAGCCCCGCGGGAUCCCGGCCCCGACACCGGGAUCGUCCUCGGGAUCAUCCUCGGGAUCCGCCUCGGGAUCGCCCUUCCCGGGACCCCCCCGGCGCUCCGAGCCCCUCCUGCCCCCGCCCAGCCACAACGGCGGCCUGGGAGCCGCCCGGACGUGCACGAGAUGACCCCGGGAGACCGGGAAAGGCCGGGGAAAACCGGGAUUGGGAAAGGCCGGGACACCGGGAAAGGCCGGGAAAGGCCGGGGUUGGGAAAGGCCGGGACACGCCGGGACACCGGGAAACGCCGGGAAACGCCGGGAAAAGCCGGGAUUGGGAAACGCCGGGACACGCCGGGACACCGGGAAACGCCGGGAAACGCCGGGAUUGGGAAACGCCGGGACACGCCGGGACACCGGGAAACGCCGGGAA